UCGCGGAUUCAACAAGUUCAAGAAGAACUACAAGCUCAAAGGUGAACUCGGCCGUGGUGGUUUCGGUAUCGUCUACCGAGCUAUACGUGUGGCUGAUGAGCUGCCGGUUGCUGUGAAGUUUAUCGACCGAAGAUCUGUUAGAGAAUGGGGCAAGAUAAACGAUGAACAAGUUCCAAUGGAGAUUUGCAUGUUGGCGAAAUGUUCAAAAAUCAGAGGUUAG